GACGGUUCAAACUCGUUGCACAACGUUGUCCCUGACCGAGCGGAGGGCGAUUUUCCGUAAUCAUCAUGCUGCGGCCCGGUGGCUGGCGCAGGCUGGCUAAAAGCAUCAAUCAAAGUAAUCGCCGGUUAUCGACGUACGAUGUGGUGGUCGUUGGUGGCGGACAUGCGGGCACGGAAGCGUGUAGUGCGGCCGCUCGGAUGGGUGCCCGUACUCUGCUGGUAACACACAAGCGGUCUACGAUCGGAGAAAUGUCUUGCAACCCUUCGUUCGGUGGUAUCGGAAAGGGGCAUCUGCUGCGUGAGGUGGACGCACUCGAUGGCGUGUGUGGCCGUUGCUGUGAUCGUAGCGGUGUGCAGUAUAAGGUGCUAAACCGCCGGAAAGGACCUGCGGUAUGGGGCCCACGGGCACAAAUCGAUCGCGUGCUGUACAAACGCGAAGUGCAACAAGAACUCGCUCGAACACCCAACCUGACCAUCGUAGAGGCUUCAGUGGAAGAUAUCGAUCAUGUGCACGACGAGCACGGUGCGGUACUGACGGGAGUGAAGCUCGCAAACGGUCAAACCGUGAGCACCACCAGUCUAGUCAUCACCACCGGCACUUUCCUGCGGGGUCAGAUCAAUAUCGGACUCGAUACGCGUCCCGCCGGUCGCAUAGGGGAUGAACCGGCGAUCGGAUUGGCGAAAAGUAUCGAACAGCUGGGCUUUCGGUUGGGGCGAUUGAAAACCGGAACACCACCACGCAUCCACCGGGACUCGAUACGAUUCGAGGUGUUGGCCCGCAAUCCCGGUGAUGAUCCUCCCGUUCCGUUUUCGUUUCUGAACGAUCGUGUAUGGCUCGAUGCUGACCAACAGUUGGAUUGCUACCUAACCCAAACGACCCCAACGGUGAACGAGAUCGUGAAGCGUAAUCUGCACUGCAAUCGACACGUAACGGAGGAGCUUACGGGGCCACGGUACUGUCCUUCGAUUGAAUCGAAGGUGCUACGCUUUGGCCACAAGCUGCACCAGAUUUGGCUCGAACCGGAGGGCUUCGAUAGUGAUCUGAUCUACCCCAACGGUCUCUCCUGUACGCUGCCCGAGGAGGAACAGGUACAGCUGGUACGCUGCCUGGUGGGGCUCGAGAAGGCCGAAGUCGUACGGCCUGGAUACGGUGUCGAGUAUGAUUUCGUCGAUCCACGCGAGCUCUAUCCGACGCUGGAAACUAAGCGUGUCCGGGGACUGUUUCUCGCUGGACAAAUCAAUGGCACGACGGGUUAUGAAGAGGCGGCCGCUCAGGGACUGCUGGCCGGUGCUAAUGCUGCUGCAAAGGCCCUCUCGAAACCACCACUCACGGUCAGCCGAACCGAGGCGUAUCUGGGUGUGCUGGUCGACGAUCUGACAACACUGGGAACGAACGAACCGUACCGUAUGUUCACGAGCCGUGCUGAGUUCCGGUUGAGCCUCCGGCCCGAUAAUGCCGAUCUGCGACUAACGGAUAAGGGGUACGCGAUUGGUCUCGUCUCCGAGGAACGUUAUCGCCGGAUGAUUUCCAUCCGUGAUCGGAUAGCGAAGGCAGUGGAGGUACUGCGCGACAUACGGAAGGGUAGCAAUCAGUGGAAGGCGGCCAUGGGAUUACCGGCAGCGAAAGCGAGCAUCUUCAAAAGUGCUUUCGAAAUGCUGGCCAUUUCCACAGAUGACAUCACGACGGAGCGGUUGUGUGCAGCAGAACCCGGCAUGCUCGGAUGGAUACGGGACGAUCCGGAACUGUGUCGCCGGUUAAAAAUCGAAGCCCUGUACGCGCUGUCCAUAGCGGAUCAGUCGCGUGAGGUGGAGGAGGUACAGCGUAAUGAAGCUCUUCGCAUUCCCGAUACCAUCGAUUAUCUAGCAAAAUCACUUAAUCUGUCCUUCGAAGAGCAGGAGAAGUUGAUUCAAAUUCAACCACAAACGAUUGCCGCUGCAAGCCGUAUCCAGGGUGUUACGCCUUCUUCCAUCGUUCGGUUGGUAAAGUACGUGAAGCAUCACGAAAUGAGCGUAGCACAGUAGGCCAGAUUGAAUCGAGUCAGUUGUGAGAGUGGUAUAACCCGAUCGGUUGGGCUGUGUUUGUUCAUUGUUCAAUCCGGUAAAUAAAUAAUUAAAUAAAUAACUCGCCUUCUCUCUCUCUGGAGAGAACGCACUACACGGUCUCCAAAAAACGGGUUUGCACGAAGUUGGUUAAUAUAUACAGAGUGUAUCACACCGUGGACUUUAAGUCAGGCGACACAACAAGGAAACGCCACACAAUAAAACGGAUUACAAACGAAACGAAAAAAAAACCAUGGAAA